GACGCACAUAUUGCAUCAAGGUGUAGAGCAGACACUUGCAGACUACAAAGCAUGGCCUCGUCCUUUUCUUUCCAUCUCGCUCUAGCACUUCUACUCGUGCUGGUCCAUCAGCACGCCGCAGGGGAACCAGAUACCUUUGAUCUCGACAAAGCGGUGGAGGGUUUCGUAGAACGCGAGGCCAAGUUAUCUAAAAGGGAUGUCGUCUGGUGGGACGUUCAUCGAAAAGAAGACGACGUCAAGGAAACCCGUGGAGAGCACCCACCGGUGACCGCGACAGCGGGACCUGUGGUGUACGGCGCAACGAAGAGCUCAGCAAAGCGACCAAACGUGGUAUAUACUCAGUGGGUCCACAAUGGACAGGCGUCAUCGUCCCAGACGACCACCAUUGAAAGAAAGACCGAGCACAAGAAGACCGCCACCUGGCACGUUGAAACUGGUUUCAGUUAUUCCGGCUCCGUGAAAGCCAGUGCCAAUAUUUGGAAAAUUGUCAACAUUGAAACCGAGCACAAAAUAAGCUUAGACCUGAAAGGGGGAUACCGUGAAGAGGUCUCUGACACGGAGACAUUCUCGGUAAAUCAGGUCGUCACCGUGCCUCCCAUGAAGUCCGUCAAGAUUGACUGGAUCAUCACAGACGCCGUGCAGGAAGUUCCUUGGACGUCGACAGUGGCCGUAGCCGGACAUAUUGCUAUCAAGUACACGGAGAAACUCGAAGGUACCUUCGUGUGGUAUUACAACUUCCCCUAUCUCGGAGAUUCCCGUCUUAAGUAUGCAGGGGACGAUACAUACCUAUACACUGCUAAUGGAACGUUUACGGGAGUCAAGGCACACGAGGCUCAUCUUCGAAUCACAGAGCACGAUUAUCAGGCGUACGGCGGAAGGUCUUCGGCAGUCACGACAUACACCAUUCCCUUGAGCCUGACACCGCUUACGCCUGCGGCGAAGACUCUGUGAUACAUCAAAUCUUCUAUAUCGCAGGAAAAUAAAUAUUCUUAUUUUGGAGUAGCCGGCGCCAUUUCAAGGCUGCCAAAUUCUCCAUAGCACCAUC